UGGUACAAUUUGUCUCUAAUGGGUUCAUUCUCUGGCACUUGUGAAAUUGUUGAAGCAAGGGACGACCUAAAUACAGAGAAAGAUGCAGGGAUAUAUCAGUCCAAUUCUAAAUAUAGCUUGGAUGAGAAAAAUAGGAAGCAUCCUGUGCUGAAACUGGGAUAUAAGGAUAAUCUAGAUGAUGAUAUUAAUAAGCUGUUUGAAUCAAUUACUCUUAAAUCUUCAUCAAGGGAUUCUGGCGUUUUACAAGAUGGUACAAUCCCUAAGAUGAAAAGUGCAUUGAAAAAACCAAUUACAGUGGGUGCUUCUCGGUCCCCACGAGUUGGACCUUCUGAGCCUGUGACUUUGAAGCAGGCGUUAAGAGACCUAUGUAUAUCUAAGGCAUCAGAAAUGGCUGCCAUGAAAAGAUUAUCAAAGUCAACUGCUUCUCCAAGAAUAUCUGAGGUUGGGAAGAUACAGACAUUGUACAAUUCAGUUGUAGUUGAAGGUAGACAAUCUGGGCCUUUCAAUGUUGAGAGUAAAGGGAGUGCAAGGGAAAUAUCUUCAGUGCCAGAAGAGAGCAGCUUUCAUGCCUUGGAUAAUGCUUCUCAGUCUCAUCCAACUGUCAAAAGCACAUCACUGUGCCAAAAUGUUCAAUCUUCCAAAGUUUCUGUUGAAACUACUGAAAAUGAUACUGGGGCUUCAUUGAUGUCAAUUGACUUGGCUAGUUCGUCAAGUAAAGUUGGGGUUGUAUUUGUAUCACAGUCUUCAGAGCCUGCUCAAAUAGAAAAACAAUCAACUGCAUCUUCUCCAUCUAGUUGUAACAUCAAUGGAAGUAAAUUAGAGGUUCCGGAAAAUGCUUCUUCCUAUAAUAAAUUAGGAAAUAAAACAUCUGUAUCAAAGAAUGGGCAGAAAGGUAGGUUACAAACAGUCUCUUCCUCGUCUACUUCGGUAAAUGGCAAUAGAGUGUGCAAAAUGUCACGCCAUGCCCCUCGCACGGUCAAAUCAAUUAUCAAGAACAAAAAUGUGGGUAAGAAAAAACUAAAGAAGGAUUCAGUUUCUGCUUUAUUUGAUCCUACAUCCAAUGAAGUAAAUAACGAGUCAGUUCCUGGUACAACUCAACUUGUAUGUGAGAGAUGUUGGUGUGCUAUAGAAAACAAGAAAGGUAUUAUAUCGUUGGACUCUAUUAGUCCCGGAGAUGGAAUAAACUCUGUUAAUGUGCACUCAGGCUCAGCAUCAGCUGGCAAUAAUAGCAUCAGAGAAGUUACAGAAGUGAAAAAGAAUACUGUAUUGAAAGAGCAACUUGAAUUUUCUCAAAGUUCAAAGAGUAGCCAAGGUGACUACAGUAGUAGUACAAGUACAAGUGAUGAGAGUAAUCUCAGUGGGUCUAGUUGUGGUAAUAGGCCUCACAUGUCAAAGGAUGUUAGAUGGGAAGCCAUAAGACAUGCUCAAAUGCAGCAUGGAGUCUUGGGCUUGGGACACUUCAAUCUUUUGAAGAAGCUAGGUUGUGGAGACAUUGGGACUGUAUAUCUUGCUGAACUAGUUGGCAAAAAUUGUUUGUUUGCUAUUAAAGUGAUGGACAAUGAAUUUCUGGCAAGAAGGAAGAAGAUGCCUAGGGCUCAAACUGAAAGAGAAAUAUUAAGGAUGCUGGAUCAUCCUUUUCUUCCAACACUGUAUGGGCAAUUUACAUCAGAUAAUUUGUCAUGUCUGGUCAUGGAAUAUUGUCCAGGUGGUGAUCUUCAUGUUCUACGGCAGAAACAGCUUGGUAGAAGUUUUUCAGAGCCAGCUGCAAGGUUUUAUGUAGCUGAAGUCCUUCUUGCUUUGGAGUACUUGCACAUGCUUGGAGUGGUUUACCGUGAUUUGAAACCAGAAAAUAUUCUUGUUCGGGAAGAUGGCCACAUAAUGCUUACAGAUUUUGAUCUGUCACUUAGGUGUGAUGUUAGCCCAACACUUCUGAAGUCAUCUUCUGAUAUGGAUCCUGCUAAAAAUUCUGGUCCUUGUGCUCAAUCGAAUUGCAUUGAACCAUUUUGUAUCGAACCAUCCUGUCAAGUUCCAUGCUUCAGCCCUAGGCUCCUGCCUCCUGCCGCAAAAGCAAGGAAAUUAAAAACAGAUGUUGCUGCUCAGCUCAGAUCAUUGCCACAGCUCGUGGCUGAACCCACUGAUGCAAGAUCAAAUUCAUUUGUUGGUACACAUGAAUAUCUGGCGCCUGAGAUAAUCAAAGGAGAGGGACAUGGAGCUGCAGUUGACUGGUGGACAUUUGGUGUUUUCCUAUAUGAGCUCUUAUAUGGAAGAACACCCUUUAAAGGUUGUAAUAAUGAAGAAACAUUAGCCAACGUGGUGUUGCAAGGUCUCAGAUUCCCUGACACCCCAUUUGUUAGUUUCCAAGCCAGGGAUCUCAUUAGAGGAUUGUUGGUUAAAGAGCCUGACAACCGGUUGGGUACAGAGAAAGGGGCUGCCGAGAUAAAACAGCACCCCUUUUUCGAAGGCCUUAAUUGGGCCUUAAUACGUUGUGCAAUCCCACCAGAACUUCCAGACUUAUGUGAAUUUGGAGUUUCCGAGAUGACUCCACAGUCCCAGUUCAAGGGUGUUAACUAUGUAGAGUGUAAUGCAGCAGGAGAGCAAGUGGAAUUUCACUUGUUUUAA